UCCUGUUAUUUUGAUACACCCAAAAAAGUAGACAUCAUGGCGGACCAUCGGGAAAGAACUCUGUCUGGGUCUCAGUCGGGAAAGGUGAAAAUUGGCCACUACGUACUCGGCGACACCCUCGGAGUAGGAACGUUUGGCAAAGUGAAAAUUGGAGAACAUGCCCUGACUGGUCACAAGGUGGCUGUGAAGAUCCUGAACAGACAGAAGAUCAAGAGUUUAGACGUGGUGGGGAAAAUCCGGCGGGAGAUCCAGAACCUCAAGCUAUUCAGACAUCCGCAUAUCAUUAAACUGUACCAGGUGAUCAGCACACCUGCUGAUAUCUUCAUGGUGAUGGAGUAUGUGUCCGGGGGAGAACUGUUUGAUUACAUCGUCAAACAUGGCAAGCUGAAGGAAGCGGAGGCCCGUCGGUUCUUCCAGCAGAUCAUCUCUGGUGUGGACUACUGUCACAGGCACAUGAUCGUACACAGGGACCUCAAACCUGAGAACCUGCUACUGGACUCCAACAGAAACGUUAGAAUAGCUGACUUUGGCCUGUCUAACAUGAUGGCAGAUGGAGAGUUCCUCCGUACCAGCUGUGGAUCACCUAACUAUGCCGCACCAGAAGUCAUCUCCGGGAAACUAUAUGCUGGUCCAGAGGUAGAUGUCUGGAGCUGUGGAGUUAUCCUGUAUGCUUUACUGUGUGGAACUCUUCCCUUUGAUGAUGAACAUGUCCCAACACUCUUCAAGAAAAUUAAAGGAGGGGUGUUCCCCAUCCCUGACCACCUGUCCCCCACCGUGGUGGGACUACUCAGGCACAUGUUAGAGGUGGACCCAGUCAAGCGGGCAACCAUCGCUGAGAUCAGAGAACACGAGUGGACGAAGAUUGACAUGCCUGCGUACCUGUUCCCAUUGGACGAGCAGGACACUAACGUGGUAGACUACGACGCCGUGAGGGAAGUGUGUGAGGUACUGCAUAAAUUUGAGUGCAAAGAGACAGAAGUCAUCAGUGGCCUCCUGGGCGGGGACCCUCAUAACCCGCUCGCCGUGGCGUACCAUCUCAUCGUGGACAACAAGCGCAUCGAGAGAGAAGCUGCGAAGAACAUGAAGAUGAAGGACUGGUACCUGGCGACCAGCCCCCCUCCCGAGACCUCCUUCAUCGAGGAGAGAAUGGUUGCUCCUCCUAUCUCGCCCCUCAAGCCUUUCCCGGACAGACCAACUCGGACUUCGCGGCCCACAUCAGGAGGGAAGACCUUGGUCCAGCCUUCGUCUGCUCUGGACACUCUCAUAUCCACGGAGAGACGGCUACCAACCCCGUCCAAGAAGGCCAAAUGGCACCUAGGUAUCCGCUCUCAAAGCAAGCCCCAUGACAUCAUGAGUGAGGUGUACAGAGCCAUGAAGCAGCUCAACUAUGAAUGGAAAAUGGUUAACCCCUUUCAUUUGAGAGUAAGGAGGAAAAACCCAGUGACACAGAGAUAUGCUAAGAUGAGUCUGCAGCUGUACCAGGUGGACCAGAAGAGUUACCUGCUGGACUUCAAGAGUCUCAGCAAUGCUCCUGACCCAGAAGACGGAGGAGGAAGCAGUGAUGGCAGCAGACCGUCCACCCCCUCAGGCAGUACGUCGUCCCUGGUGACCCCCACCACCCCCACGGGGAGUACCCACCCCCAGCAGACAGGCACGCACCACGCCUCCGCCGGCGUACACCACACCCUGGAGUUCUUCGAGAUGUGUGCCGCCCUCAUCACCACCCUGGCUCGCUGAGGAGUCACUCACACAUGAACGGGUUACUGUACAUCACUUAAAGGCAUCCAAUGUAAUUUCAAGGCAGCAAAACUGGAUACAUUCUGAAUAAGGCAAUCUUUGUGAUAUUGACACAUACUGCUUCUUAAGUCAGCAUUUCAUCUGUAU